AUGAUAUGGCUGCUGUCUGGGCGUGUCCACUGGCUGGCUAUCUUUCCUGCUUACAGCCUGCACUUAGCGCCCAACAGGCGCACAAGGAGGGCCAUGCUGCGCAUAUCAAAGAAUCGUUUGAAUCUGCAACUUGGCUCACCAGGAUCGUUGGAAUUCCACAUUACACCUCUGCUGUAUGGUGCUUCGCAACUCCACGUGCAUGUAUCUGUCAUCAUUACUGAUCCACUGCGGCUGCUCCGUCUGAUCGACGAAAAGUCCAUCCAACUGGCUUUUGACCCGAGUUUUCUACUCUCCAAACUCACUUGUGACCUGGAGAAGCACAUAGACCUCUUCGGGUGCUUCAACCUGUCCUCUAUCAAGAGGAUCAACAGCAGAUGCGAAGCUAUUGUUUCCAGGACUGCGCGAGCCUUCGUUACUGUGAUGAAAAAGUUGAGCAAGGAUCCAUCUACCGUGUCCUUUAUGAUCGCCCCUGGGUUCGGAAUGACAGAGGCUUGGCGAGGAUACUUCAAGUAUAUUGAUGUCUCAGCCGGUGGGUGUUUCCAGCGCCGGAUGCAUAUACAAUUGGUCCUCACAACUGAGCCUGCUCACGAGUUCCUUGAUCUUAGACGUCCCCUCGGUGGCUGCGAGAUGCGCUUUGCAGACCCCGCAAAUGGUGUCGCCCUGCGCCUCGACGGUGAAAGCGGCGAACUUCAGAUUCGCGGAUCGAUGGUCUUCGUACGCUACUACAAUAACGCCAAAGCUACGACCUAUGGUUUUGUUGAGGGCGGCUGGUUCCACACUGGCGAUGUUGGUAUCGUCGAGAAUGGGGUCAUGCGCCUUGGAGGUCGCAUUAAGGAUACCAUCAUUGUUGGUGUCUCAUAUAGUAUUCCUGAGCUCAAGGGGUCAUGCACUCGUUCCUCGCUGCUGCUCCCUUCCGCGCUCCUGGCCCCAUCAUUUUCUUUUCUGGUCUUGACGACGAGCAAUUGA